AUGGGGUUGGAAGACAUCCGGCUUACUAGUGAUUCACAACUAGUGAUUCGCCAGUUGGAUGGGCGAUACAAAAUCAACGAUCUCAUGCUACAAAGAUAUUCACAACUGCCGAAACAAUACAUUGAUCGUAUUCCAAGUGUUAUAUGGAGACACACAGGUUGGAUAAAAAAUCGAAAUGCAGAUGCUCUCGCCUUUAUCACUUCAAUGAUGGUGAACCCUGAAACAAGAUUCAUUCGCAUUGACAGUUUGAGGCAACCAUCAAUCGACAUUCGAGGAUGUGCUGCGGAAGUUAUAAAUAGUGGAAAAUCUACUCCACUAUACCCCCAGAGCAACGGCCAGGAAGAGGCAACUAAUAAGACCCUGGCAGACAUUCUGAAGAAAAAACACGAUGGUCAUCAUAAAGGAUGGUGCGAACAGCUUCAUAACACUCUAUGGGCAUACAACACGACACGACGGGAAGCUACUGGAAUGUCGCCCUUCUGUCUAACAUAUGGUGUAGAGGAUGUGCUACCAACAGAAGUUAUCAUACCAACCACUAAGCGCGAAGCUUGGGAGAAUAAUUUAAAUACAUAUCUCAUAUUGAAGAAACUCGAUGAUGCUGAAGAAAAUAGAGAAAUCGCGCUGCAGCACAUGAUCAAUUACCACGGAAGACUAUCGCGGGAAUACAACAAAAAAUUCAAACCAAGGCACUUCAAAGUGGGCGAUUUGGUGUUGCGCGAAAUCCCACCAUACCAAAGAGAGUCAGGAGGAAAACUCGCGAAAAACUGGGAAGGGCCUUAUAUUGUGAAGAGCAUUGUGGGGAAUGGAGCCUAUGAGAUAACAGGUAAAGACGGAGAACAUACGCUCACACAUCCAUGGAAUAACACCUAUCUCAAGAAAUACUACCCAUGA